AUGCAGCCUUAUGUGUUAGUCACAGGUCCUACGUUAGAGAUCAUCAGGCAAGAUUUUUUCCAGGAAGCAAAAACUCUCAUUGCCCAACAUUAUGAGAAAAUAAAUGAGAAUAAAUUUCAAAGUUCUUCUGUUAGUGCCUUUAAAAAUAAAUACCAAAAAAGGAAAUCUGGCAUAUACUUGCCUUUGGAGAUUAAAAAAAAGGAAGUACUUGAUGUGGUCCGAGAAAUCCAAUCACCAUACAAAAAUAUUUAUUCUCCCAAGGACUUUUACAAAACUGAAACUUUUGAGGAGCCCUCAAAACGAGUUUCUUCCAAGGAGCCACGCUUGUUUAAUGUAAAAGAAAAACACAAAGAAUCUAGAGAUCAAUUUGCAAAAGUGGGAGAGCAAGGGGAACAGGCAAGGGGUAGUGAUGACCCGAGAAGGGCUGGACGUCAGGCCUGCUACAAAAGCAAUCGAUCUGAGUUAUUAGGAGUUGCCCGCAAAGUGCAGGAGAACUCAAAGAUGUUCAAGUUUGGAGAGCAGCUAUUAUUUGUGGAUAGUAUGGAGGACAGACUGCAGGAUACCAAGGUUGGAGACAGGAAUCCAAGUGAAGGAGCUGUUAGUAGUCCAGAACAAGUUAAACUGGGUAAAAUAGUAACUGAUAUUGAAUCAGUGAGUAAAAAAAUGGAGAAAAAAAAGCGACAGCAACGAGGGAAGUCCAGAAUGUUGGAAGCCUUCCCCAUCCAUCUCAGCUUGCCUUUGCAUCCUUUGACCUCCUCUUCCACGGAGUUCCUGAAGGAAAAUGGCAAAGCAUUCUAUGACUGGAGAGGAAUUGUAUUGACAAGGUCUUUUUGUUUACCUCAAGAAUCCAUUCAGACUACUUUCUCUGCAUCAUCAAUAUUGCCAGAUUAUUGUACUAAAACCAUUGUGAAAAAAGAGCAACAACCUAUCAAGCCAGAACCAAAGCCACAAACCAGGAUAAAAUCUGUUUUCAAUAAAAGUGAGAAAAGUUACAAUAAAGUUAGAAGAAUUGGACCACACAUAGAAAUCUUCCAAGUGUUCCAAGAAAGGAACAAAUUUGUGAUCACCAAAAAAGUAGUUAGAAUGAUCACCAUCAUGCAGGCCCGUGUCAGGGGGUGGCUGGAGCGCAAAAGGUACCAACGAAUAAGGACCAAGGCUUUGUAUCAUGGACCAAAUUUGAGAAUAGUUAUAAACAUGUAUCGCAGAAUGAUCCAUCGUAUUAGAUAUCGACUUGGUCUUUGGAGGACGAGAGAAAUUAUAAACUUCACAGAACUGGAGGAGUGGAUGGACAGAAAAAAAUUCUAUGAAAUAAUGUUCACUAAGAGGGAAGACUGGCAAGGAUUAGAGAGAAGUGAGCUCCUUAAAUACUUCAAUGAAUGUGGUCAUUUCCCAACCCAGAAACAAAUUGAUGGUACUUGGAACUUGGUUAAUAGGAAAGAUCAAGAAAAAUAUUCUGAACUAAUCACGAAGUCCAAAGCAGUUGAAAUGUUAUUUACACUCUAUCCUCCUCAAGGUGCUCAUGUGUAUAAUAAUGCACAGCUUAAAUCAACUUGGCUGAGACCCAUAGUAAACGGGGAAGAAGGAUAUAAAUAUAUAGUGAAUGGACAUCCAAUACUCAAAAGAGCUAAUAUCCAGAUUGUUGGGAAGUUAGUGGCCGGAUCCAUGAGAGAAAGGAAAAUGAAAGAGUAUUAUAAAUCAUUAAAUAUACAAUAA